AUGGCAGAGCAGACGGAGAGAGGCGGCCGCGUGUUGAGUAUCCAGUCGCACGUCGUCCAAGGAUACGUUGGUAACAAGAGUGCCGUGCUUCCGCUGCAGCUCCUGGGCAUGGAUGUUGACCCUAUCAAUAGCGUGCAGUUUUCCAACCAUGCUGGCUACAAGCAGGUCGCGGGUCGCCGUCUCACAGGCGAAGAGCUACACGACCUUCUGGACGGCAUGGCGGCUAAUGGUCUGCUGCAAGAUGCGUAUACGCACUUGCUUACUGGCUAUGUGGGCUCCGUGUCUCUGUUGCUUGCAAUUGUGCGUGUAUACGAGCGUCUCCGAGCUGCUCAGACACAUGCCGAGCGUCUUGUAUACGUCUGUGACCCCGUACUGGGCGAUCGGGGCAGGCUGUAUGUCCCUAUAGAAAUGGUGGACUUGUACCGGUCGAAGGUUUUGCCGAUCUGCGACGUUUUGACUCCAAAUCAGUAUGAGAGCGAGGUGUUAGCAGACAUGGAGCUUCGGACGGUACCUGAUGCCAUGCAAGCGUGUAAAAAGCUGCACAUUAUGGGACCAAAAGUCGUGGUGAUCAGCAGUUUUCAGGAGGUAGCAGAGGCCGCCGAGAGUUUGCCGAAAGAGUUUGUGGUCAUUGGCAGCAAGAUCCGUCCUAGCGGGGCCAUGGACACUGCACUCUAUUGCGAGCAGUACGAAGUGCGCUUUCCGUGGAUUGACAGUUACUAUACUGGCACGGGCGACUUGUUUGCUGCUCUGUUGCUAGCGUGGCUCUAUCGCUUUCCGGACGACUUUAAGCGGGCAUUGGAACAUGUAAUUUCCACGGUUCAAGACGUGCUUGGUAUCACCCUUGAUCUUGGCGGCAAGGACUGCGAGUUGAAGCUUGUCCAGAGUCGUCAUGUCAUAGCCGACUCGGUUGUGCGCUUCGCUGCUACACCGCUGUCGGUACCUGUCCUGUUUGCGCUUGUGGAUAUGGAUGUUCUCCUAGGAACGACGAGCAGCGAUGACAAGGUCGAGGACGUACCGACCGGUGCUGCGAUUCAGCGUCAGGAGCUGAUAGAGGCUUUGACACUUCUUGUUGGCGCUGAUAACAUCAGUAUCCUCACAAACUACAGUGUACUGUCGACGCAGGCGCUGCUUGGUGCGGCGUUCAAUGUGGUUCCAUCGGCGCUUCUCUCGGACAGCCGAACUGACGCACGUCAUUGCGAGACAAUAGUAGUGUCCGAUUCGGUUUCUCUCAUCGGCUUGGCUAAAUGUGCUAUGUACCAGGUAGUGCCAUCUGCAGCAUCCGACGAAGCAGUGACAAGCUAUAUCACUGAACACAACAACCAAUGUCGGGUUGCAUGA